AUGGCAACGGCAUAUUCGACUACUUCUGCAAGUUCAUAUAUGCAAGCAAUGCAUACUAUGAUGGAGGCAGCAAGUAAUUUUAAUAUAGACAGAUCAAAAAUACAAUUUCCUGAGGAUGAUGAUAUAUGUAAGAAAUCUAAAGUUGAAGUCAGAAAUGCUUCAGAACUGAUUACUUUGGCUCAAGAUAGAAAUGAAUGGGAUGAUAUUUUUGAUGAGUUUGAUGAUAUUAGUUACGAUAAAUUUCAAGAAAUGAUUUCAUCAAGUAGGAAUAACAUUGGGAAUACAAUAUUUAAAAAACUAAAUCAAUUGAUCAAAAGCUGUUCUAGUUAUUUAGAUCAGGAUGCAUUAUUGAAAUCAGUACUAGAACUGACAUACCAAAAUGAGAAAGGAAAAUUGGCACAAGCAUUAUUAGAUUUAGUGGGUGUCGAAAAUGUGAAGUUGAUUUCAUUUUUACUGGAAAAUAGAACUGAAAUUGUAUCUCAUAAUAUUGAUGAAGUAAUUGACUUGACCAUUGACGCUAGGUUUUAUAAUAAUUUCAUGACAGACCAAGAAAUGAGAGAGCAAGUGUCUGAGAAUAUAUAUAAUGCACAAAAUCCUGAAUUAUCUCCUUCACAAAAAGUUAUUAAAUACCCCCAUGUAUAUAAAAAUGAUAAUAACAACAAUGCAUCUUUAUCGUUUUCAGGACACAAGUUUUCCUUACCCUUGGGAACUACCAGGGUAUCCAACGAAACUCAUGAGGAAGUAAUUAUUCCCGCAUCUGAUAUAAAGAAAGGCAAAGCAUCAUUGUACUCUAAACUAGUUAAAAUCUCAGAUUUAGAUCAUUAUUGUAAAGCAGUGUUUUCUUACGAAAGCUUAAAUAAGGUACAGUCAUUGGUAUAUCCUGUUGCAUAUAAAACAAAUGAAAAUAUGUUAAUUUGUGCACCAACUGGUGCAGGUAAAACUGAAAUAGCUUUGCUGACUAUUCUAAAUACUAUUAAACAACAUUCCGAGCUUAAUCAAGAAAAUGAGCUAGAUAUUCAAUACGAUGAUUUUAAAAUUAUUUAUGUUGCCCCACUAAAAGCUUUAGCAGCUGAAAUUGUCGAAAAGUUUAACAAUAAGCUAUCUAUCUUUGGUAUCCAAGUGAGAGAACUUACUGGUGAUAUGCAACUAACAAAGGCAGAAAUAUUAAACACACAGGUGAUUGUUACAACACCCGAAAAGUGGGAUGUUGUCACACGUAAAGCUAAUGGUGACAAUGAUUUAGUAUCAAAAGUUAAACUUCUGAUUAUUGAUGAAGUUCAUUUACUUCACGAAGAUAGGGGUUCUGUCAUUGAAACAUUAGUGGCCCGUACUUUGAGACAAGUAGAAAGUUCUCAAUCUAUGAUUCGUAUUGUCGGUUUGUCAGCGACGUUACCUAAUUUCAUGGACGUAGCUGAUUUCUUGGGGGUGAACCGACAAGUAGGUAUGUUUUAUUUUGACCAGUCUUUUCGUCCAAAACCGUUAGAACAACAAGUUCUAGGUUGUAGAGGAAAAGCGGGCAGUAAACAAGCUAGAGAGAAUAUAGAUAAAGUUUCUUAUGAAAAGUUAGCAGAUAUGAUUCAAAGAGGAUAUCAAGUUAUGGUUUUCGUUCAUGCCAGAAAAGAGACAGUAAACAGUGCCAGAACGUAUAUUAAAAUGGCCCAACAAUUUAAUGAAUCUGAUUUGUUUGCACCUGAUAGUUUAUUUACAGAGAAAUACUCUAGGGAAUUGGGUAAAAAUAGAGAUAAAGAUAUGAAAGAGAUAUUUCAGUUUGGUUUUGGUGUUCAUCAUGCAGGCAUGGCACGUACUGACCGUAAUUUGACGGAGCGUAUGUUUAAAGAUGGUGCAAUUAAGGUAUUAUGUUGUACAGCUACUUUAGCUUGGGGUGUUAAUUUACCUGCAGAUUGUGUAAUAAUUAAAGGUACUCAGGUUUAUGACUCAAAAAAAGGUGGUUUUGCUGAUUUAGGUAUUUCAGAUGUGAUACAAAUUUUUGGUCGUGCAGGUAGACCUGGUUUUGGAUCAGCACAUGGUACUGGUAUAUUAUGUACAUCUGCUGAUAAACUGGAUUCAUACUUAUCUCUUUUAACUGAGCAACAUCCAAUUGAAUCUAAGUUAGGAUCGAAGAUGGUUGACAAUUUGAAUGCAGAGAUAUCGCUUGGUACAGUCACAAAUGUAGAAGAGGGUAUUCAAUGGUUAGGUUAUACUUAUAUGUACGUAAGAAUGCGAAAGAACCCAUUCACAUACGCGAUUGAUUGGGAAGAGCUUGCUAAUGACCCUCAAUUAUAUGAUAGAAGGAGAAAAAUGAUAAUAACAGCUGCAAGACGUUUACACUCCUUACAAAUGAUAGUAUUCGAUGAGGUUUCAAUGCAUUUUAUCCCUAAGGACUUAGGAAGAAUUUCAUCUGAUUUUUAUUUACUUAAUGAAUCCGUCGAGAUAUUUAAUCAAAUGUGUAACCCAAAUGCUACCGAAGCAGAUGUCCUCUCUAUGAUUAGUAUGAGUAGUGAAUUUGAUAGUAUAAAAUUUCGGGAAGAUGAAUCUGCUGAAUUAACCAGGUUGAUGGAAAGUUCUGUGGAGUGUCAGGUUGGAGGUAGUUUGGAUACCGCCUCCGGUAAAACUAAUGUUUUGCUUCAAGCUUAUAUUUCUCAAAGCAGAAUUUUUGAUUCUGCUUUAUCGUCAGAUUCAAAUUACAUUGCUCAAAAUGCUACUAGAAUAUGUAGGGCGUUAUUUUUAAUAGGUAUCAAUCGUAGAUGGGGUAAUUUCUCGAAAGUUAUGUUAGAUAUAUGUAAGUCUAUUGAGAAACGAGUAUGGGCGUUUGAUCAUCCGUUAAGUCAAUUUGAACUACCAAUUCCGAUUAUUAAACAAAUAAGAGAGAAAAGUCCCACAAUGAAUUAUUUACGAGACUUAGAGCCCCAAGAAAUUGGUGAAUUAAUUCACAAUAGAGGCAUGGGAGGUAAACUUUAUAGAUUGGUUGAGAUAUUCCCUAAAAUUUCAAUCUCUGCUGAAAUAUUCCCUAUCACUUCAAAUGUUAUGAGAAUCAAAACCAAUUUAGAACCAGAUUUUAAAUGGGAUUACAAAUUCCAUGGUGAUAUACAAUUUUUUUGGGUUAUGAUAGAAGAAUCAAAUAAAUCACAGGUGUUACAUUUUGAAAAGUACAUUUUAAGAAAAUCCCAAAUGGGUUCUGUACACGAAAUGGAUUUCAUGAUCCCACUAUCAGAUCCAUUACCUCCACAAGUUGUAGUUAAAGUGGUCUCUGAUACUUGGAUUGGAUGUGUUUCAACAUAUCCAAUAUCAUUCCAACAUUUAAUAAGACCAUACAAUGAAACGAUUCAGACCAAAUUACAAAGGCUGAAACCAUUACCGGUAAAGGCUUUGGAUAACCAUUUGGUUGAAUCAAUCUAUCCCUUCAAAUAUUUCAAUCCAAUGCAAACAAUGACUUUUCACACCUUAUACCACUCAAAUGAAAAUGUUUUCGUAGGAUCACCAACUGGUUCUGGUAAAACUAUUGUUGCAGAAUUGGCUAUUUGGCAUGCAUUCAAACAGUUUCCUGGAAAGAAAAUUGUUUAUAUUGCACCUAUGAAAGCAUUAGUUCGUGAAAGAGUUGAUGACUGGAAGAAAAAAAUUACGCCUGUUACUGGUGACAAAGUCGUUGAAUUGACUGGUGAUUCUAUUCCGGAUCCCCGUGAUAUUCGAGAUUCUACAAUUGUUAUCACAACUCCAGAAAAAUUUGAUGGUAUAUCUCGUAAUUGGCAGACACGUAAAUUUGUUCAAAAUAUUUCUUUGGUUAUUAUGGAUGAAAUUCAUUUACUAGCCAGUGAUCGUGGUCCAAUUUUAGAAAUGAUUGUGAGUCGUAUGAAUUAUAUUGCUUCACAAACUAAAAAUCCAAUCCGUCUAUUAGGUAUGUCUACUGCUGUAUCAAACGCACAUGAUAUGGCAGGUUGGUUAGGCGUCAAAGAAAAUGGUUUGUUUAACUUCCCAUCUAGUAUUAGACCAGUACCGCUAAAUAUGUAUAUCGAUGGUUUUCAAGAUAAUUUAGCAUAUUGUCCAUUGAUGAAAACCAUGAAUAAACCAGCAUUUAUGGCAAUUAAACAACAUUCACCCGAUAAACCAGCCUUGAUUUUUGUUUCUUCACGUAGACAAACUAGAUUAACAGCUUUAGAUCUAAUCCAUCUUUGUGGUAUGGAAGACAAUCCAAGAAGAUUUUUGAAUAUUGAAGAUGAUGCUGAAUUGCAAUAUUAUAUUUCUAAAGUUACUGAUGAUACUCUUAAAUUAUCUCUUCAAUUUGGUAUUGGGUUACAUCAUGCUGGUUUGGUUGAGGAAGAUCGUGAUUUAUCACAUCACUUGUUUCAACAAAAUAAAAUACAAAUUUUGGUUGCGACCUCUACAUUAGCAUGGGGUGUUAAUUUACCAGCACAUCUUGUUGUCAUUAAAGGCACUCAAUAUUUUGAUAAAAAAGUUCAAGGUUACGUUGAUAUGGAUUUGACAGAUAUUCUUCAAAUGAUGGGUAGAGCAGGUAGACCAGCUUAUGAUACCACGGGUACAGCGAUUGUAUAUACUCGUGAAAAUAAGAAAUUAUUUUACAAGCAUUUUCUAAAUGUUGGUUUCCCAGUGGAAUCUUCUUUACACAAAGUACUAGAAGAUCAUUUAGGUGCUGAAAUUAAUUCUGGAACUGUUGCUAAUAAACAGCAAGCGAUUGAGUUCUUGAAAUAUACCUUUUUCUUUCGUAGAGCUUAUCAUAAUCCAACUUAUUACGGAAUUUUAGAAGAUACUUCUGCAGCAGGUAUCCACAAAUUCAUGAGUAAUCUAAUUGACAGGAGUCUUGAACAGUUAGAACUUUCUGAUUGUGUCAAUAUUUACAAUAAUGAUAUAGAGCCGACACCAUUUUUAAGUGUUGCUUCAUAUUAUUAUAUAUCUCAUAAGACAGUUCGUACAUUAUUGGUUGAGGUUGAUAACAAUGCUAAGUUUGUAGAUGUGUUGAAGUGGUUAUCUUUAGCAGAAGAAUAUAAUGAAUUACCUGUUAGAGGUGGUGAAACAAUCAUGAAUGAGGAAAUGUCAGCACAAUUAAGAUAUCCAGCUGAGACUAUCUUUACUGGUGUUUUUGCAAAGCCUAUACAUGACACACAUGUUAAAGCCUUUUUAUUACUACAAGCUCAUUUAAGCAGAGUAGAUCUCCCAAUUGCGGAUUAUAUCCAAGACACGGUCUCUAUCUUAGAUCAAUCUUUAAGAAUCUUACAAGCCUUUGUUGAUAUUGCCAGUGAGUUAGGCUAUUUUAACACCGUCAGAACGAUAAUUAAAGUUAUUCAAUGCAUAAAACAAGGAUAUUGGUUUGAAGAUGAUUCUUCUACAGCUCUUCCAGGUUGUAUAUUGAAGAGAUUAGAUAAUAUCCAAUUCAAUGAACAAGGUUUCAGAAUCGAUACUAAUGAUAACCCUAGAAAUAAUGGCUUAAACUUAGAAAAGAUCGGAAAAAUGGGGUAUGGUAAGUUAAAAGGCCUUGCUGCUAAAAUGGAUGUGAAAUGUUUAGAAUUACCAGAAAAUUCAAGAAAACAUGCUAAUAAGGCGCUAGACAUUGAUGAGUUAAACGAGAGAACUGUGAAAAAAUUUAUAGAUGUCUGUACUAAACUCCCAGUGUUAACGGAUAUUAAGUUUACAGAUCAAACUGACGCUUCAAAAUUGGUCUUAACAGCCAAGCAUUAUUCUAAUAGAUCAAAUAGAGAAUUUCAAGUUUAUUGUGACAAAUUUCCUAAGAUGCAAAAAGAAUCAUGGUUUUGUAUUGGUUAUAAAGGUAAUGAAUUGCAUAUGAUCAAAAGAUGUCAUCCACAAGAGAGUCGCGCUGAUAAGAAUAACAAAGUUGUUGAAAUAGUAUGCGACUUCAUAGUUCCAGAAGAACUGCAAGGACAAACUCUUUAUUUUGUGUUGAUUAACGAUGCCUUGGAUAUUGAAUACAAACUUCAACACACUUUGAAGUAA